AUUUUGAAAGCUCAUGGAAAAAGUGCUAGAGACAGCUACCUACUGAAUGGGUAUGCUCUUAAUACUGGCCGUGCUGCCCAAGGCAUGCCUCUGAGAGUUUUCCCGGCAAGGAUUGCUUGACUUUAACCUCCAGAAGACAAAAAUGCAGUUGGGUGUACAGGUCCUGGUAAAUGAUCCUAGGGAGCUUGAGAAGAUUCACGAAAGGGAAGCUGACAUGACAAAAGAACGUAUCGAGAAACUUCUGAAAGCUGGAGCUAAUGUUGUUUUAACCACCAAAGGGAUUGAUGACAUGGCGCUCAAGUACUUUGUGGAGGCCGGGGCUAUUGCUGUGAGACAUGUCCGGAAAGAGGAUAUGCGCCAUGUUGCCAAAGCAACUGGUGCAACCAUGGUUUCAACAUUUGCUGAUAUGGAGGGGGAAGAAACUUAUGAUUCAUCACUGCUUGGAUAUGCUGAUGAAGUUGUUGAGGAGCACAUUGCUGAUGAUGAUGUGAUAAUGAUAAAGGGGACCAAAACUACUAGUGCGGUUUCUCUGAUCCUUAGAGGUGCAAAUGAUUAUAUGCUUGACGAGAUGGAGAGAGCUCUGCAUGAUGCUUUGUCUAUUGUGAAAAGGACCCUUGAAUCUAAUACGGUAGUAGCAGGUGGAGGUGCAGUUGAAUCUGCCUUGUCUGUGUAUUUGGAGUAUCUUGCCACAACUUUAGGAUCUAGAGAGCAAUUGGCAAUUGCAGAAUUUGCAGAAUCUCUUUUGAUUAUACCAAAGGUGCUUGCUGUCAAUGCUGCAAAGGAUGCCACUGAAUUAGUUGCAAAACUGCAGGCUUACCAUCACACUGCACAAACCAAGGCAGAUAAGAAACAUUAUUCAAGCAUGGGACUAGAUCUUUCAAAUGGGACCAUUCGCAACAACUUAGAGGCAGGGGUUAUCGAGCCUGCAAUGAGUAAAGUCAAGAUUAUUCAGUUUGCAACUGAGGCAGCAAUAACAAUUCUUCGAAUUGAUGAUAUGAUCAAGCUUGUCAAAGAUGAGAGUCAGAAUGGCGAGGAGUAGGGUGGCUAAUAUCUAUUUUGUUCUUGAAUUGGAAUGAAUGCUUGUUUUAUUUAGCAAUUGGGGUAACGGGUAUCUUUUUCUUAUGUGGUUUGGAUUUUGGCUUUCAAAGAGUCUCUUACUAGCUUAACUGCAAUACUGCUUUUUAGCACAUUAAUUGCUGUUGGCAUUUUUUACAGUUAGGAUAAAAUUUGUUAUUAGCA